UCUGUGGAUGGAUACACUGAACCGCACGUUCAGCCGAUCAAGUCAAGUAGCAGGCAAAAUAUACCCCGAUGUAGAAACUCCAUUACGUCUACCAAUGAAGAGCACCCUCACAUUGGAAAUUAUCGCUUACUGAAAACAAUAGGAAAAGGAAAUUUUGCCAAAGUGAAACUGGCAAGGCAUGUGCUUACUGGAAGAGAGGUUGCCGUGAAAAUAAUAGAUAAAACCCAGCUAAAUCCUACUAGUCUGCAAAAGUUGUUUCGAGAAGUACGAAUAAUGAAGAUACUGAAUCAUCCCAAUAUCGUAAAAUUAUUUGAAGUUAUUGAAACUGAAAAGACACUGUAUUUGGUAAUGGAAUAUGCCAGUGGGGGAGAAGUGUUUGACUACCUAGUUGCACAUGGAAGAAUGAAAGAGAAAGAGGCUCGUGCAAAAUUCAGGCAGAUUGUAUCUGCUGUGCAGUACUGUCAUCAGAAAUGCAUAGUUCAUCGUGAUCUUAAGGCAGAAAACCUUCUACUUGAUGCAGACAUGAACAUUAAAAUUGCAGACUUUGGUUUUAGUAAUGAAUUUACAGUCGGUAACAAACUGGACACGUUUUGUGGAAGCCCGCCUUAUGCUGCGCCUGAACUUUUCCAAGGAAAGAAAUAUGAUGGUCCUGAAGUGGAUGUGUGGAGCCUUGGGGUGAUUUUGUACACACUAGUAAGCGGAUCAUUGCCAUUUGAUGGUCAGAAUCUAAAGGAACUGAGGGAGCGAGUACUGAGGGGGAAGUACCGCAUUCCAUUCUAUAUGUCCACAGACUGUGAAAAUCUACUUAAGAAGCUACUAGUACUGAAUCCAAUAAAACGAGGCAGCUUGGAACAAAUUAUGAAGGAUCGGUGGAUGAAUGUUGGCCAUGAAGAAGAAGAACUAAAGCCGUAUACUGAGCCUGAACCAGAUUUUAAUGACACCAAAAGAAUAGACAUUAUGGUCACAAUGGGCUUUUCAAGAGAAGAAAUUCAUGAAUCUUUAGUAAACCAAAAGUAUGAUGAAGUUAUGGCUACUUAUCUACUUCUAGGUAGAAAACCACCUGAAUUUGAAGGAGGCGAGUCCUUGUCUGGCAGCAACUUGGGUCAAAGGUCUCGUCCUAGCAGUGACCUCAACAACAGUUCUGUGCAGUCUCCUGCUCACCUGAAGGUCCAGCGGAGUAUAUCAACUAAUCAGAAACAACGGCGGUUCAGUGAUCAUGUUGGUCCCUCAAUUCCUCCUGCUGUGUCAUACACAAAAAGGGCUCAGGCAAAUAGUGUGGAAAGUGAACAGAAAGAAGACUGGGACAAAGAUGUCUCACGCAAACUUAGCAGCACUACAGUGGGAUCCAAAGGAGAGAUGGCUGCAAGUCCACUUGUGGGUCCAGAAAGAAAGAAGUCAACUACAGUUCCCAGUAAUAAUGUAUUUUCUGGUAGUGGAAUGACAAGAAGGAACACUUAUGUUUGUGAACGUUCUUCAGAUCGCUAUUCUGCAAUACAGAAUGGGAAGGACAACAGCCUAACAGAAAUGUCUGCAAGUAGCACAUCUUCUGCAGGCUCUACAGUAGCUUCUGCUGUAUCAACACGGCCUCGACAUCAAAAGUCCAUGUCUGCCUCUGGACAUCCUAUAAAAGUUACACUGCCAACCAUCAAAGAUGGCACUGAAGCUUACCGACCAAGCAGUGCAACUCAAAGAGUGCCUGCUGCUUCCCCGUCUGCUCAUAGUAUUAGCACUACCACUCCAGACCGAACCCGCUUUCCUCGGGGGAGUUCAAGUCGAAGCACUUUCCAUGGUGAGCAGCUAAGGGAGCGGCGUAAUGCCACUUACAAUGGACCGCCCGCCUCACCAUCACAUGAAACCGGUGCUUUUGCACAUGCUAGAAGAGGGACAUCAACUGGUAUAAUAAGCAAGAUAACUUCCAAGUUUGUUCGCAGGGAUCCAAGUGAAGGUGAAGCCAGUGGCAGAACUGACACCUCAAGGUGCUGGCUGUGUACUCAGCUGUUUGACAAACAAGCUGUUUACAACCGAAUUCCAGCACAAAAUUCUGCUUCAUCGGUUAAAAUAAA